CCCCCAAGACUCACCACUUCAAGGUGAAGACCUUCAAGAAGGUGAAGCCCUGUGGGAUCUGCCGACAGGUCAUCACCCGGGAGGGUUGCACCUGCAAAGUCUGCGGCUUCUCCUGUCAUCGGAAAUGCCAGGCCAAGGUGGCUGCCCCCUGCGUUCCACCAUCCAGCCAUGAACUGGUGCCCGUCAACACUGAAACUGCUCCAAAGAAUGUAGUGGACACGGGAGAAGGAGCCUUCCGGGGUGGAAACACACGGAGGAAAAGCCUUGAGGAAGAUAGCUCCACCAGAGUCACGCCAAGUGUCCAGCCCCAUCCCCAGCCCAUCAGAAACAUGAGUGUGAGCCGGACCACGGAGGACAGCUGUGAGCUGGACCUGGUGUAUGUCACUGAGAGGAUCAUCGCCGUCUCCUUCCCCAGCACAGCCAAUGAGGAGAACUUCCGGAGCAACCUCCGUGAGGUGGCCCAGAUGCUCAAGUGCAAACAUGGAGGCAACUACCUGCUUUUCAACCUCUCUGAGCGGAGACCUGACAUCACAAAGCUCCACGCCAAGGUACUGGAAUUUGGCUGGCCCGACCUCCACACCCCAGCCCUGGAGAAGAUCUGCAGUGUCUGCAAGGCCAUGGACACUUGGCUCAACGCAGAUCCCCACAACGUUGUCGUUCUACACAACAAGGGAAACCGAGGCAGGAUAGGUGUUGUGAUCGCGGCUUACAUGCACUACAGCAACAUUUCUGCCAGUGCCGACCAGGCCCUGGACCGGUUUGCAAUGAAGCGGUUCUACGAGGAUAAGAUUGUACCCAUUGGCCAGCCAUCCCAGAGAAGGUACGUGCACUAUUUCAGCGGCCUGCUCUCUGGCUCCAUCAAAAUGAACAACAAGCCCUUGUUUCUGCACCACGUGAUCAUGCAUGGCAUCCCCAACUUUGAGUCUAAAGGAGGGUGUCGGCCAUUUCUCCGGAUCUACCAGGCCAUGCAACCUGUUUACACAUCUGGUAUCUACAACGUCCAAGGAGACAGCCAGACCAGCAUCUGCAUCACCAUCGAGCCCGGGCUGCUCUUGAAGGGAGACAUCUUGCUGAAGUGCUACCACAAGAAGUUCCGGAGCCCAGCCCGAGACGUCAUCUUCCGCGUGCAGUUCCAUACCUGCGCCAUCCAUGAUCUGGGGGUUGUCUUUGGGAAGGAGGACCUUGACGAUGCCUUCAAAGAUGAUCGAUUUCCAGAAUAUGGCAAAGUUGAAUUUGUGUUUUCUUAUGGACCAGAGAAAAUUCAAGGCAUGGAACACCUGGAGAACGGGCCAAGCGUGUCUGUGGACUAUAACACCUCCGACCCCCUCAUCCGCUGGGAUUCCUACGACAACUUCAAUGGGCAUCAAGAUGAUGGCAUGGAGGAGGUUGUGGGCCACACGCAGGGACCCCUGGACGGGAGCCUGUACGCCAAGGUGAAGAAGAAGGACUCCCUGCACGGCAGCACCGGGGCCGUCAACGCCACGCGGCCCGCUCUGUCGGCUACCCCCAACCACGUGGAGCACACCCUCUCCGUGAGCAGCGACUCGGGCAACUCCACGGCCUCCACCAAGACAGACAAGACCGAUGAGCCUGCCCCCGGCCCCUCCAGUGCCCCUGCUGCCCUGAGUCCCCAGGAGAAGCGUGAGCUGGACCGCCUGCUCAGUGGCUUUGGCUUGGAGCGAGAGAAGCAAGGCACCAUGUACCACACCCAGCAUCUCCGGUCCCGCCUGGCGGGGGGCCCUGCUGCGCCCUCCUCCGGCCGCCAUGUCAUCCCGGCCCAGGUUCACGUCAAUGGCAGGGCCUUGGCAUCCGAGCGGGAGACAGACAUCCUGGAUGAUGAGCUACCCAACCAGGAUGGGCACAGCGUGGGCAGCAUGGGCACACUGUCCUCCCUGGAUGGGGUCACUAACACCAGUGAGGGGGGCUACCCGGAGGCCCUGUCCCCACUGACCAACGGUCUGGACAAGCCCUACCCCGUGGAACCUAUGGUCAAUGGCGGGGGUUACCCCUAUGAGUCUGCCAGCCGGGCAGUGCCUGCCCAAGCUGGCCACCCUGCCCCCAUGCGACCCUCCUACUCUGCACAGGAGAGUUUAGCUGGCUACCAGCGGGAGGGGCCCCACCCAGCCUGGCCACAGUCAAUGACCACCUCCCACUAUGGCCAUGACCCCAGCGGUAUGUUCCGCUCUCAGUCCUUUCCGGAAACCGAGCCCCAACUGCCCCCAGCUCCAGCCCGUGGGGGGAGCAGCCGGGAGGCUGUGCAGAGGGGCCUGAAUUCCUGGCAGCCUCACCCGCCUCCUCGCCAGCAGGAAAGAGCCCGCUUGGAGAGCCUCGGGCUCAGCAGGCCCAGCCCCCAGCCAUUGGCAGAGCCCCCCAUGCCUGGCCUCCCCGAGUUCCCGAGGGCGGCCUCCCAGCAGGAGAUCGAGCAGUCCAUCGAAGCCCUCAAUAUGCUGAUGCUGGAUCUGGAGCCAGCCACGGCGGCCGCCCCACUGCACAAGUCCCAGAGUGUCCCUGGGGCCUGGCCAGGCGCUUCCCCGCUCUCCUCCCAGCCCCUCUCUGGCUCCUCCUCCCAGUCCCAUCCACUGACCCAGUCCAGAUCUGGCUACAUCCCCAGUGGGCAUUCCUUGGGCACCCCUGAGCCUGCUCCCCGGGCCUCCCUAGAGUCUGUCCCUCCUGGCAGGCCUUACUCACCUUAUGAUUAUCAGCCGUGUCUAACGGGGCCCAACCAGAGUUACCGUCCAAAGAGCCCAGCUGCCUCCUCCUCGUCUGCCUUCCUUCCAAACACCCAGAGCUCUCCGGGGCCUCAGCUGCCCCCAGUCUCUCUCCCUGGCCUCACCACUCAGCCUCAGCUUCCACCGAAGGAGGUGACUUCAGACCCAUCCCGAACUCCAGAGGAGGAGCCAUUGAACCUGGAGGGGCUUGUGGCCCACCGGGUAGCAGGGGUGCAAGCUCGGGAGAAGCAGCCUGCAGAGCCCCCAGCACCUCUCCGGAGGCGGGCGGCCAGCGAUGGGCAGUACGAGAACCAGUCGCCAGAACCUGCAUCCCCCCGUAGUCCUGGGGUCCGCUCCCCUGUCCAGUGCGUCUCCCCAGAGCUGGCUCUCACCAUCGCUCUCAAUCCUGGAGGGCGGCCCAAAGAGCCCCAUCUGCACAGCUACAAGGAGGCCUUUGAGGAGAUGGAGAGAACCUCCCCGACCAGCCCACCGCCCAGUGGGGUGCGCUCCCCUCCAGGUCUGGCCAAGACACCUCUGUCUGCUCUGGGCCUGAAGCCCCAUAACCCAGCCAGCAUCCUGCUGCACCCCACCGGCGAACCCCGGAGCUAUGUGGAGUCGGUGGUGCGGACGGCAGUGGCUGGGCCCCGGACUCAGGAUCCUGAGCCCAAGAGCUUUAGCGCCCUGGUUGCCCAGGCCUAUGGCCGCGAGACACCCCUGAGGAACGGGACCCUGGGAGGCUCCUUUGUCUCCCCCAGCCCCCUUUCCACCAGCAGCCCCAUCCUCAGCGCUGACAGCACUUCAGUGGGGAGUUUCCCAUCAGGGGAGAGCAGCGACCAGGGCCCGCGGACACCCACCCAGCCUCUGCUGGAUUCUGGCUUCCGCUCCGGCAGCCUGGGCCAGCCCAGCCCUUCGGCUCAGAGAAGCUACCAGAGCUCUUCUCCUCUCCCGACUGCGGGCAACAUCUACAGCAGCCCCGACUACUCACUUCAGCAGUUCACCUCCCCGGAAAGCCAGACCCGGUCUCAGUUCAGUGUGGCGGGCGUCCACACGGUGCCUGGGAGCCCUCAGGCACGGCACAGGACAGUGGGCACCAACACUCCCUCUAGUCCUGGCUUUGUCCGCCGGGCCGUGAAUCCCGGCAUGGCUGCCCCCAGCAGCCCCAGUUUGAGCCACCGCCAGGUGAUGGGUCCACCCGGAACUGGUUUCCAUGGUAACACUGUCUCCAGCCCCCAGAGCAGUGCAGCAACCACUCCGGGAAGCCCCAGCCUGGGUCGGCACCCUGGGGCCCACGAGGUUUCAAGCCUCCAUGGCAAUGUGGCCACCACUCCAGGGAGCCCCAGCCUGGGCCGGCACCCUGGGGCCCACCAAGGCAACCUGGCCUCCAGUCUCCAUGGCAACGCAGUAGCCAGCCCCGGAAGCCCCAGCCUGGGCCGUCACUUGGGAGGGUCUGGAUCUGUGGUUCCUGGCAGCCCCAGCUUGGACCGGCAGGUGGCCUAUGGUGGCUACUCCACCCCUGAGGACCGGAGACCCACGCUGUCCCGACAGAGCAGCGCCUCGGGCUACCAGGCCCCUUCCACGCCCUCCUUUCCUGUGUCCCCUGCCUACUACCCCGGCCUGAGCAACCCCGCCACCUCCCCCUCGCCAGAUUCAGCAGCCUUCCGACAAGGGAGCCCGACACCGGCCUUGCCAGAGAAGCGGAGGAUGUCCAUGGGAGACCGAGCGGGCAGCCUCCCCAACUAUGCCACUGUCAACGGGAAGGUGUCCUCCUCGCCUGUCGCCAGCGGCAUGUCCAGUCCCAGCGGGGGCAGCGCUGUCUCCUUCUCCCACACUCUGCCCGACUUCUCCAAGUACUCCAUGCCAGACAACAGCCCUGAGACACGGGCUAAAGUGAAGUUUGUCCAGGACACUUCCAAGUAUUGGUACAAGCCCGAGAUCUCCAGAGAGCAGGCCAUCGCCCUCCUUAAGGACCAGGAGCCAGGGGCUUUCAUCAUCCGAGACAGCCACUCCUUCCGAGGAGCCUAUGGGCUGGCCAUGAAGGUGUCUUCGCCCCCUCCGACCAUAAUGCAGCAGAAUAAAAAAGGGGACAUGACUCAUGAGCUCGUGAGGCAUUUCCUGAUAGAGACGAGCCCCAGAGGAGUCAAGCUCAAGGGCUGCCCCAACGAGCCAAACUUCGGAUCUCUGUCUGCCCUGGUCUACCAGCACUCCAUCAUCCCACUGGCUCUGCCCUGUAAGCUGGUCAUUCCAAACCGAGACCCCACAGAUGAAUCAAAAGAUAGCUCGGGCCCUGCCAACUCAACCAGUGACCUGCUGAAGCAAGGGGCAGCCUGCAACGUGCUCUUCAUCAACUCUGUGGACAUGGAGUCACUCACUGGGCCACAGGCCAUCUCCAAAGCCACUUCUGAGACACUGGCUACUGACCCCACGCCGGCUGCCACCAUCGUCCACUUCAAAGUUUCUGCCCAGGGAAUUACACUGACUGACAACCAGAGAAAGCUCUUCUUCAGACGACACUACCCCCUCAACACCAUCACCUUCUGUGACCUGGAUCCACAGGAGAGGAAGUGGAUGAAGACGGAGGGAGGUUCCCCUGCUAAGCUCUUCGGCUUUGUGGCCCGGAAACAGGGCAGCACCACGGACAACGCCUGCCACCUCUUUGCUGAGCUUGACCCCAACCAGCCGGCCUCCGCCAUCGUCAACUUUGUCUCCAAGGUCAUGCUGAGUGCCGGCCAGAAGAGAUGAACUCCCCCCUCCCCUUGCCCGGGGCCAGGGCAGUGGGGAUGGGUAUGUGGGGAAGGGACCUGUGCAUCCUGACCAUCCUUGAAUCCAGAAGGAGGACUUUGGGCCAAUUUUGGAGAAGGAGAGAAGAAAGUGUAAUGUGGGGAGAGGGAAGUGAAUUGAGCGGGGAGGGGGAGAGAGAGAGAAAGAAGGAAAAAGAUGGAGGAGAAUAACUCGGAUUCCCCCGGGGAGAUGGAUACUGCAAAACCCCCAGAGCCUCCAAAGCUAACCAGGUCCACCUAACUCCCCCUCCACCCUCCGAGAGGAUGGAACUCCUCAAGAGAGGCAGAAUGAACCUCUCUGGAGAUCCACAUUUUGGGGGGAAAUGGAAAAGCUCUUUCUUCCUAACCCAACUGCUUUGCAAGGAGAAAUCCUGUCAAGAGAAUCUUUUUCUGUCCACCUCUAGGGUAGAUCACCAAACCAAAAAGAGCCACCAUGGGACAUCCAGUGGCGGAACUUUUGCUUUUGAAAGUAUCUCAGACCUGAGGCCCCUAAGGUCUCUUUGCUCUGCCUCUGAUGUACAGUUUGUGGGUGUCUUUAUGGGGUGUAUAUAUGGCCACACCCACAUCCUCACACACUGAUUUCUGUUUGCCUCUCAGCUUGAAUUAUAAACAGGUAUACUUGUCCGUGUCCCCUGUGUUUGCACACACAAGUGCAUACUGUCCAAAGAAAGUUAGAGUCGGGGGUGACAGGGCAGCAGGGAGGGGGCAUAAGCCCUCUUCCCCAGGAACACCCAGGAUUGUGGGUAAUGGAUGCUCUCUUGGUCCCUGCACCUGCUCUAACAGCCUUGGGUGCCGCCAACCCCUUCUCCUCAACAGAGACCCCCACGGAGUGGGUCUGGCCACGCUGCAACGUUACCCCUGAUCUGCCUCCACCAGGAAGCUGGAGCAUUGGUUUGAAGAGAUAGGGACUUGUGUGUCUGUAGCUCUGGGGAAGAGAUCCCUCAGGAAGGGAGGCUGUUGAGCUGUAGGCACCUUCCCCGAGGCGUGUGGCCCAGCCUCGGGGUGGGCAGGUGGCUCCCACCAGCUCCCAGCCCUCAGCCCCUUCUUGGGUUUCGUGCCCCAGACCAGCCUUUCUCAGACUUGCUUAUGUGCAUGUUGCCUUUUUGGGUGCUGGCGAUUGAGCCUUCCUGCUCUGCCCUGCCCUGUUCUGUCCUGCAGGGUCCCCAUGUUGGGGCUCAUCCUGGGAACCUGCUUCUACAAGCCCUGCUCGGCGAGGCCCAGGAGAGACCCCUGCAGUUCCUGUGCUCCCUUUGCAAGGGAUCGGGGGUCUGGCUUUUGCUGGACUGCCCAGGGGAGCUGGUCAGAGUUCUGGGGGAUGCUGCCUGCACACCACAUGGCCUGCCUACGAUACCAAAGCCUUGCUCUUCCCCCUUCUGCCUUGGUUUCCCCCCAGAGCUCAGCUGCCGUGGAGUAGAGGGCAGAAGGCACACAUUUAGGCCAAAGGGCUGAGAGUCCAACUGGGCGAUUGGGCACUCCCUGACCACCACCCAAGUGCUCUAAGCCAGAUGGAAAAUCUACCAGGACUCCAUCCUUGAGUAGCUUCUUAAGCCUCUGGGUUCCCUAGAGAGAGGCAUUGUACUGAUAUAUAAAUAUAUAUAAUAUAUAUGUGAGACAUACUGACAGAAUCUGUAAGCUAAUAAAAUAUAAGAAAAGGUUAAAAAAAAAAGAGUAGGUAAAUUGACAAGAAGUAUUUAUUAUUUCCCCAUAUAGCUUUAUUGCCUCCCCGGCAUAAUCCAGCCCCCAUCCCUCUCUGUACCUAUAAGUGAAGCCUGAAAGGUAGGGGCCUUUAUCCUUGGAGCAAUCAGGGGUCUCCUUGCCCUGGCCUUGGCCUUCCCUAGACUCUGACUAGGGCUCAGCGGGGAGGGGGCACACGUGUUCCAUCCCCUUCACCCCCCUUAUUUUUGGCAAGCUGGGCCUGGCUGUCAGCUCCCAGAGAUGAGGGCUUAGCAGCCCGCCUCCUUGCAGGCCUGAGCGGGUGUGUGAGCCUGCAGGGGACACGGGUGUGUGUGGUGGGCGUGGGUGAUGUGUGCGUCUUGUAUUUUUUUUCUCUUCCAAGAAGCUGUAUCUGUGUGGAUGUUCUGUUUCAGGGAGUUGGAAAGGAGAGCGUCUGAAGAUGGUGGGGAGUAGCCCCCUGCUUCCCAAAGAUUGAAACCCUGUUCUUGGUGACCAAGACUCCCCCAAAGGGCUCUUCCUUCUGAGGCUUUCAAGCCAGACACCGCGAUUUCCCCUCUCUCAUUCCCUACCUAACCCCAACUCCCUUCCCAGACAGAAGAGGAUAUUCCCACCCACUUCCUUUGUAAAUAUCUUAAUCUCCCACUGGACAGCCCGGGAACUCUCUCCUCCUGGUCUGGAUGGCCGGGCAGAGCAUCAGACCCUUCAUGUGAGUCUGGGGUCAGCCUUCACACGUGCUUUCCCACCGCCCACCAGCAGCCCACCUCCCAGGCAUGGCCAGCCCACCCCACUCAGGCCUGAGCCAUGUGUGACUCUGGGAAGGACUCAGGAGAUGCUGGGGAGCUGAUCAACUCCCCCAACCCAACAUCCUUCUGGAAAGGGUCAGUUUCCGAGAGUGUGGCCUGUCCAGAAGAACGAUGGGGAAGGGUACCCCAAUCUCCACCGUGGUCUCACCUUUGGGUCAGACACUGCUUGGGAUAACCCUCCCGUGUCUCACAGGUUAGGCCCGUGAACCUUGCACACGUGCGCACAUACACACACACAACCACAGCACUGCAGUAUGUUCUUGCCAAAGAUUUCCUUUAAAAGAAAGCACUUUUAAUAAUUAUUGUUAUUAUUGUGUAAAUGUUUAUCCUUUUUUCUUCCCAUCCCUCUCCCCAACCUUUUUUGCUGUUGUUUAUUGUUGAAUCUGUUUGUCAGCCAGGAGAGUGCCGUCUGGUCUUGAAAGUGAGCUGGGGAGUUGGGGAUGGGAAAGGGUCUGGGAGGAGUUGGCAAGAAAGAGCCGGAGGCCAGAGAGCCCUGGUCAGCUUGUGAUGCAGGGAUGCAGAUCCCAGGCAAGCUCAGGCCCCAGCCCCAGGCCCAGGCUGAGUCUUGCUGUGCAUCUAGGCCUCUGAGGCAGCUGAGGCCUCGCCGUAGCUGCCCUGUACGGUGUCUGGAGGGAACAGGGGGCAGGGAAGUGACAGCCCUCCAAUUCAGCGGGGAGAGAGGCCCAGCAAGGUUCCCGUGGCCCUUCCCAGAUGGAGCGAGAGGGGAGGACUGGGCAUGGGAAUAGUGGAGAGGUGACCCCAGAGGGGAAAUGGGGAGGAAGGGAACAGUUUGAUGGAGCUCCAGGGCUGAGCGGAUGCCCCUGCCCUACGAUCGUGGUGUUCUGGCUCCCUCCUCCAGCCAGGUGUUCCAGGGACAGAGACGUUGUGUCCUAGGUUUGGGAAAGGCCCUUUGACCCAGGUCCUCAUUGGAGCCUCUCCCGCAGCAGCUGCAAAUGCUUGCGGACUGCCAGGAUUCCUUCUUCCCUGGCAGGGUUUUGAGGGAUCCCUGGGUGUGUCAGAGACAGGCAGGAUAGGGGUGGGGGGACCUGGUGGCUGUGUGACCAUAAGAGGGAGCCCGAGGGACACGUGUGAGUCUCUGUAAAGGGGCUCCCGGAGGGAGAUGAGUCGAACAUCCUUCUGCCCACUCGGAUGGGCCGAGCAGAGGUUGGGCAGGCCCCUGGUGCCGCCCAGGGGUCUGUGGACGAGUCUGUACGUGGAACAGUGUCUAUGGCCCCCUUCCCCGGGGUGUUCGUUCAUCAACCCUGCCUCCUGGGUCUUCUCCCCUGCUUUGGUCUUUUCCAGCUUCAGGAUCUGGAUCUGGGGGGAUCAAGGAGGCCAAUGCCCUUUCCAAGGGCUGCCUCCUGCCCCUACAUCUCCCCACCCUUGGGAUCCUUGGAGAGGCUGGGGGCAGAGUCCCGGGGCUACUUUUCACCCGGGUCGAGGCCCCGGAAUCCUUAGACUGGAGCGCCCUGGCCAGUGGUAACACAGAACGUGUGCGUGUGCGUGUGCAAGUGUGGGCGUAUGUGUGUGCGUUUUUUGCUUGUCUCUUUAGGGAACUUAGGAGUUGGGUCGGAGGUGGUUGGCAAUGGGAUGUCAAGUUCACUAUCACCCAGCGGCGAAAGGAAUCAGGAGGCAAGGCUUGUAGGGCCCCUGAUUGGGGGAAUCUCAGUGUCGGUGAUGGUGGGGAUCAACCACACGGGGUGGCGCUCCUCUGUCCUCAGAUGUUGAAGUGUUGGAGGACCUCUGUUUAUUUCCCACACCUGGACUUUUCCCAGCUGUGAGGUAAUUGUAAAGGGAUAGCCCACUUUUGUUUCUAAUCAGUGUUCAACAGCUUGAGACUCUCCUGCGUGUCCACGUGUGGCUCAUGUGUGUGAGAGAGCACAUCUGUGCGUGCAUGCUGUGUUUCCCCACCUCUCCCCUCUCUGACAUGUCAUUCAAAACAAAUGUAAGAAAUUCCUCACCUCCAUUCCCUCCUGCCUCCCAGACCCUCUGCAGGAAAAACCGAAUAACCCAGCAUCUCCUGAUCCCCUGGCUGUGUAUUUAUAUAGAUGGAAAUAUACUUUCUAUUUUGUAUCAUCGUGCUUAUAAUCUCUGUCACCUUGUAUAAACCCUGAUGUAUGCUACUUACCCUGGAUAUGAAUGUAUUGUACACUGAUGCUGUCCCACUCCUGUACAGCUGCUUUGUUUCUUUGCAAUCCAUUGUAUGGCUUUAUAAAUGAUAAAGUGAAAGAAAAAUC